GCGAAGACUAGGAGAAUGCUCCCCAUAACACGGCUGUUUUUGCUCUGUUCUUGCCUGUUCCUUUCCAACUGGAGCGGUUGUUUCAACUGUGCGUUGAUACCGACAUUAGGCAGUCAUGAACUUUCAACAGCUACGGGGAAUCCUUCCAUCACCCAUGAGGCGGGAAAAGAAGAUGGAAUAGGAACGUAUAAUGCGCCAUAUUGGUUCGCUGAGGAGGAGACGGCUGUAUCAACACUAUCAACGCCGGUUCUCCAGAUUAGAGCAAUGAAUAGCAAAGAUGAUAAGAAGAAAAAAGGAAGCCAAGAAACUAGGAAUCCGAGUGCUCUUAAAGAUGCGAAGAAAAAAGGAAUUCAGGAUGGUAAAGUUGAUAAAAAGAUGAGCUUCAAGUUCCCCUCUUUCAGACGAACCAACAGCAAUGGAAGCAACCACAGCAAUGACUCAAAUGUUACGAAUAGGACUGCGAAGAAAGGCAAACCUUCGAGAACAAUGUCUCUUCUCAACGGAGCUUUGAACAUAUUAAAAAGGAAAGACAGCAGCGGUAGCAGUAAGAGCAGGAGAGGCUCAAGGCCCAUCAGCCGGAACUGGUCGAGGUCGCCGUCGCCAGAGCGAUCAAGUUCCUUCCGGGACGAAGGAAGCUGCAGGGCCGAUAGCGGUUCCACUUCAAACAGGUUCCUGGACGAAGUGUGUCCCGGUUACGCGAUGGGACCCGAUCAGCUGACCAGUCAGGGCAGACAAGAAGUGGCGGCGGACAUCGCGCAGCUCAAGGAUAAAUACUGCGGAAGAGAAAUGACUCAGCAGCGAGGGCAGAGCUUUAAAAAUGAAAUGCAGGAUCUCGGGCAGAAAUAUUGUCCUGGCGGCAACGUGAACCAAGAGCUUAUCCGACCGGCACCGCCCCCCGAUGCCUCCACCCCGAACAUAGACCGUUCCCAGUUCUACAACAUGAUCAGGAGUCAUUUAAGCUCACUCUCGCCAGAAACCCCCACUCCGAACCCACCACCAAUGAGCCCAUCGCGUCCUCCGAGCCCACCACGUCCUUCGAGCCCACCACGUAGCCCAUCGCGUCCUCCGAGCCCACCACGUCCUCCGAGCCCACCACGGUUCCUACCACCCCCUCCGACUCCGAACUUGACUCCGAACCCUGACUACGGGGCGUCCUUCAGAGCUGUGAGGAUGUCGCAGUCUGUCGACCUCACCCCGCCUCCGCCGCCGCCGCCGCCGCGAGCCAUCUCGGCGGGAGACAAAUACGAGGAAAUGAGUAGGUGGAUCACGGAUGUGUGCGAAGAGGCGCCCCCUGGUGCGACGACCAAGUCGCCCUCGCGGUCGUCGCCCCUCAGAUCGCCGAAGAGGCCACCUCAGACGCAGACGCCCGAAUCCGCUGGAACCCCGUAUGACGAGAAGAUGCGGAGGAGACUAAUCCAGAUCGCAGCUGAGGAUCACUUGGAAAGCAGCAGAAAGCCGAAGUAGAACGCAGCCACUGUUGCCAGAUAUUACCGAAAAAUUAGCACUAUUUCCAUUUAAUAUUUAUGGUGAAACUUAAUAAAAUUAAAAUAAAAAUAAGUUCAAGGCAAACCACGAUGCUAUUCAUUUUAUGUACCGUUUUAUGUUCAUUUCAUGCUAUGCCACUUGUUUACUUGUCACUUGUCACUUGUCCUAUCAAUGAUUGUAACUUUUAUUAUAUGAAUGGUUUAUUUUAUUUUAUUUAAUUUGAUAUUUAAUCUCAGAAUUGAUACGUAAUUGCCUUUGCCACGUAGCUCCUCACUUUCCUUAUUUAGUUGCUUUGUAGUUUCUUUGUAGUUUUGCAUGUGUUGCCCUUGUGUUAUGUAAGCCCUGAUGAUGGGGCCUGGGGUCUCGAAAAGCUUCGGCAUGUAAGUAAUUAAAGUAUACAUAAAAUGAAUAGCAUCGUGGUUUGUCUUGAACUUAUUUUUAUUUUAAUUUUAAGUUUCACCAUAAAUAUUAAUAUUUCAGAUGCUACUUGUCCAAAAAUGUUUGUUUAUUUCCAUUUAGGUCCGUGUAAAAGCACCGUUGUGCAAAGGGAAAACGCCGUAAACGCAAUUUUACAUUUGGAUUGCAUUUUGCAAAAAGGAACCGAGAGCAUUGCACUGUCGCUAAGUUUGUGCAACUUUUUUUUAUCUUGUAAAUAUAAACUGAUU